UCUCUCUCUCUCUCUCUCAAAACUCAAUCUUUGUCCAUGCAAGAAGCAAUCCCCUACAGAACAUAUCUCCACGCCGCCGCGGCCGGCAGCAGCACCUCGCCGGCACGCGGCGGCGGCAUCAGGGCAGAACCCGAUAAUAAUGAGAACAGCAGUGUAGAGAAAAUGGUGUUGGAGAAUGCCGUGGUGGUAUUUGGAAGACGUGGGUGUUGCAUGAGCCAUGUUGUGAAAACGUUGUUGCUAGGGCACGGGGUAAACCCGGCGGUGUUUGAGGUUGAGGAAGCCGAUGAAGCUAAUGUUGUUGGUGACUUAUUGAGAAUCAAGGGUCUGAAAGGUGAGAUUAAUGACGGGUCAAUACAAUUUCCAGCUGUUUUUGUGGGAGGGAAAUUGUUUGGCGGUUUGGAUCAGGUAAUGGCUACUCAUAUUUCUGGUGAAUUGGUGCCUAUUUUGAAAGAUGCCGGGGCUUUGUGGCUAUGAUCUCUAUAAAUAUACUGCAAGACGAAGAUGGCAUUUUUUAACUUUGUUUUUAAUUUUGUCUUUUGUAAUCAAUAUGAUGAAUUUAAUACUUGGAUAGAUGAUGAUCAUGUAAUUCUUGUUUUGAUACCAUGAAAGUUUGGAGAAUUAGAGAAACUUCCUUACCAAAAAAAAAUUCUUCCUUGUAUAAUGACAAUAUCGAUGUUGUUGGGAUCACAUGUUAUACACGUGCUUGUUAUCUCAUCGACAUCACUAUUUUAAUUCCAA